AUGGACCUUCCGCAACCACAGACGCAACUCCUGUUCUGCCAGACCUCAGAUGCGUUUCUACACGGCAUACCAGACGUUUCUGCAAUAGAAAGAAAGGAGUCUUCUUCUUCGUCUGAACUCAAAAAGUACAAUAAAUUCAAUAAUUUUAAGCUCCAAGAUGAGAAUGGGGAAGCCGUUGCGCUUCUCGCGCUUAUGCGCGAAAGCGAUAGUUACUGUUUUGCGGAGAAUAUAACACCCAGAGCGGUAGUAAAGCUCGUUGCCAUCUCAGAAGGAUGA